GCUGUUGCAAGAGUGUUUGUGCUUUUGUUGUUAUGAUUUAACAGAUUUUGAAUUAAUUUGAAACGAGUGUCUGGUGGGAGUCCUGUCAGUUGAUGCUGUUAUUAAGAACCACAGUGUAAAACCUAGAGAAAUCAAGUCACCGUCUAACAAAUCAAAGCAGAAUGCCAAGAGCCAAGAAGCGGUCGAUUGCUGAGGCGAGAAGCGAUGCCCGCAAGCCUGCAGAAAUUUUCACAGAUUAUCAGGAGUCUGGCAGUUAUUUGCAUGACAAAUUGCACAGUGAAUUGGAGGAAUUUUUUCGAGAACAUGAAAGUGAAGAGUCUCUAUUUGCUAAUUACUUUCAAGGCCCGUUUCUGUGCCUACUGAAGGGCGCUUACGCCAGCCCUUUCGUGAAGAAGACCAUUGCUCUGGUUGUCUCUUUCCUCGAGAAGAGGCUUGAAGAGGAAGAUGCCAACACUGAUCGAGACUGUACAACUCCCUUCCUUGCCGACUUCUUCGCGUUUAUGUGGAAAGUGCAAGGACUGCCAGACAAAAACUUCCGCUACAACGCGUGCAAAAUCCUCGCAGAACUGAUGGAUGCCAUGGCAAAGAAAGAUAUCAGUAUGGAUGAGGACAUCUGCGACAAGAUCUCGUACGUUAUGAUCUCCGAGAGGAUCAUUGACAAAGUCGUGGAUAUCAGAGUGUUGGCCGCAAGCAUUCUGCAGUGGCUCCAAGACCCCACGAACCCCGGCUGUAAAGCAAUCAAAACGCUGAUGUACCACUUGGAAAAAGACCCGUCAGUGGAGGUGCGGAAAGCAAUAAUUUCGGUGAUUCGAGUGACGCCAGUGACGCUGCCAGCCAUCUACAAGCGCACAAGGGACGUGAACGAAGCUGUGCGGGCCCUGGCCUUCAAGCUGAUCGCCGACAAGCGCAGGAUGAACGCUCUGUCCUACUCGAUGCGCGAGAAAAUCAUCAUGAGCGGCUUGAAGGACUCAAGCGCGACUGUCCGCACUGUCGCAGAGACGUACCUGCUGCCAAAGUGGCUUGGUCAGAUGCAGGGCAACCUUGUUGAGUUUGUCAAGAAUUUGGACGUCAAUUUCAAACCAUCUGUGCCCAGGGGGGCCUUGCCAUUCCUAAUGAAGGACAAGUCCGCAGAUGAGCUCAUUGCAUUCAUGGAAAUCCCAGAAGGUGAAAAAUAUGUGCCUCCAGAUCAGCUGACUCCGCACCUUGCCUUGUACUGGUCCUGCUUGGCCAAGUACUUCCAAGAAAAGGAAGAGACAGAAGCUCUGGAAAAAAUCCUUGGCUCCCUUUCUGAAUAUGUGCACUACAUUAAUUGUUUUUACAAGCAAGAAAUACCUAAAGACAAGGACCUGGUGGGCAAUGAGCAGAAGGAAGACAAAGUGAUCCGUAUUAGCACCCUCGUCUUUCUGUUUGACCUCUUCUCCUUUUAUGACAUGUCUGAUGAAGUUGGAAGGGCCUCCAUGGCAGACAUAAUGCUAGACAUACUGAGGAGCGAAGACCACCAGCCUGACCGGCGUCUGUUAUCCAAGAUAACAAGCCAGCUGUCUGUGGGCAUCCCAGAUCCAUAUUCCCGUGUGGACACAGUGCUCUCACUACUUGAGGACUUGUACAACCCUUACUUGCAGCCGGUGGUUGAGGUGGUCAAGACUAUGUCUGACGAAGAGAGGCGCACCAUCACUGUGGCGAUUGCCCGCCUGAAGAUGAAGUCUUGUACUCUGCACAUUGCCAAGGAAAAGGCAAUUGACGAAGAGAAAUUUGCCGAGGCGCAGCAAAUCAAGACUGAAAUUGACGCCAUUAAAGCGCAGAUCAAGGAAAAAGAGGAGGAACUGAACGGACCAGUCGUGAUGGACACACAAGACCAGGACGCGGAAAGAGAGGAAACAAAGGAUCCACAUGUGCAGUACAAGUGUCUGGUCAUUUUGUGCGAGCUGCUAAAGAAUAAGGAGGUGUUCCAAAUGUCGCUCAGCUUCGCAGACAUCAUGGAGCGCUUUGUGCGCAAAUGCAUCGCCAUCGACCAGGAGCACAUCAUGGUCAACGCGCUGGAAGCCCUCGGCCUCUACUGCAUGCAGUCACAUUCCAUCGCCCAGAAGCAUUUGCCAAUGUUCUAUGUACUGCUGAUUAACGACAUACGGCCGUAUGAGAGCGUGCGCGUCAAGUGUCUGCAGUGCAUAGUGAGUCUUCUGGUGUGCCACGGUCGCGAGAAGCUGAGCAUCACUGAAGAGGACUGGAAGGUUGAGGAGACGGUGAGCAACAUCGGUGGUGGCAGCAGCCAGAACCAGCAUGGUUACCUGAUGAGCGUGAUCAGCAACAUGGACAACCAGAACGACCAAGUGAAGCGACAGGCAGUGGUGGGCGCGUGCCAGCUGCUGCUAGCAGAACGCGUUAAGUCGGCCCAGCUGCUAGCCAAGACCAUCCUGCUCUGGUUCUUGCCAGCGACGCAGUCCGAUGGCCGCCUCAUUAAGAUGAUGGGCCAGUUCUUCACCCUGUAUGCUGCUGACAAGAUCGACGCGCCGCAAUUGCUGGCUGAGGCGCUCUUUAUUGGACUCAAAGAGAUACUCACCUGCAGCCACUCUAGUGAGCUGCAGGAGCUUGACCCUGUCAAAGAUAUUGGCUUCUUCAUCCUUGAACUAACUAAGAAGGGUACCAACAAAUACUCUGACGAAAACUUACAUGACAAAAUCGCCAUGAGACUGUUGGAACUGCUGGAGUUUGAGGACAGCGAGGUGUCGCAAGGAGUGUACUUGCGGCUGCUCGUUAACCUGGCCAUUUCAUAUGAGAACAACGCUCUUCGAGAAACGCUGCUGGAGACAGCUCGCAGGAUCAAGAGGAACAACCUGGCCAACAGCAAGAACAAGGACCUGCUCAAGUUCAUGCUAAACCUCAGCGGUGGAAACAAGGAUGCUAAGGACUCGGAAAAUAUCUCUUCCACGCCAAUGACUGCGGUGGAAAGGAGGACCCUGAUCCCAGACAGAGAGAACAUGAUCACUCCAAUCAGGUCCAAGGAUAUAUCUGACGAUGAGGACAGUGACAAUGAAAGUAUUUCUACCCCUCUUUUGAAUAGACACCUCAGGAUCUAAAUGUCAAUAAAAUAUUUAUGUAUAGAACUUUACAAAAUGUCUUAAUAUAUUUUCUUAAAUAUGGGACAUUUUCUUUAGAAAAUUAAAAUCACUAUCUUUUAUCUUCAUUCAAUGCACUAAAUCUCUUAUUCGGUUACCUGAAAAUAAAAGGUUUAUUAAGAA